AUGAGAUCACCGCGAGCACUGUUUCUGUUGUCUAGAAGGAGGAAUUCCUAUAUCACAACACCAAUCUUCUACGCCAAUGCUGCGCCCCACAUUGGUCAUCUCUACACUGCUGUGCUGUCUGACGCUGCUAAUCGUUGGCAGAAGUUGAAAGAUCCAGAUGGCGUUCAUACCUUCGUCUCAGGUACUGACGAACAUGGAAUCAAGAUUUUUCGUGCUGCUCAGAAGGCGCAGAAGGAUCCUUUGAAGUUCUGUGAUGAAAGUUCCAAGAGUUUUCGCAAUCUUUUCGAUACAUUUGGGAUCGAGACCACAGAUUUUAUUCGUACUACAGAGGAUCGUCACAAGCGGUGUGUGGAAUAUGUUUGGAAGAGACUCUAUGAUAGAGAUUUCAUUUACAAAGAUGUCUACUCAAAUUGGUAUAGCGCUGUGGACGAAUGUUUCUUCUCUGAAAGCGAAGUUGAAGAUUCGCCAAUAGGAAAGGUAGUGAAAGGCACAAGCCAUCUCGUUGAAUGGGUCGAAGAAGACAACUAUAUGUUCCGGUUAUCGUGUUUGAAAGAAGAAGUGAGGCGGUGGCUUCUAGAAUCACACGUCAUCCAACCAAAGCAUUAUCUGCCACAUGCAUUGCACUAUCUCGAAUACGAAGGCGAUUUGUCAAUAUCUCGUGAUCGGUCAAGGCUUCCAUGGGGUAUUCCGGUUCCAGGAGACAACUCUCAGACUAUUUAUGUUUGGAUGGAUGCUUUGAUGAACUACCUCUCUGUCGUUGGCUAUCCUGGUACACUGAAGGCAUGGCCACCUUCAUGGCAAAUCCUUGGGAAAGACAUAUUAAAAUUUCAUACUUUUUACUGGCCAGCCUUUCUAAUAGCCAUGGAACUUCCUUUGCCGGAGAAAUUAUUUGUGCACGGGCACUGGUUGAUUGACAAUGUCAAGGUU